AUGAACGAAGGCCCCAUUGCUACAGAGAAAGAAAUAGCAUUUCCAAUGGUAUUGCCAUUGAAAAGUCUUCCAGAAAUUGAGGCACUGGAAGCUUUUGUCAAAACAGAAGAAGGAAAACAAAGUUUUACUAACUUUGUAAAAUCGAUUGGUGGAAAAGACACCAAAGAUUUCAUCACAAGAGUGUUGAAACAAGUUUUCACCAAUGCCCUAUCGGAAUUAUGUUCUUGGACAGGACGAAAAAAUAACUUUGAACUGGGCCAUUUACAAAUCAUGAGAAUCAUAUUUGGAGUUAUCAGAAUUAAUGAGGGCUGCAAUGCUAAAGAGUUUGAGCAACAUGUAGCUGAAUGGUUUCGGCACGGAAAACAGCGGCAGCUUAGGGAGGUUCUGAAGUUGAAUAAAAGAACUUUGUUGGAAUAA